ACGUACGAGCAGCGCGGUUCGAGCGGCCGAGCGAGCGAUACGGCCGAGCAGUGCGGUGCCGACUCUUGCUGCCGCGGUUGCAGAUCCCACGGUGUGUGUGUGCGCGCGCGUGUUUACACGACCGAGAAAGAGAGAGAGAGGGCGAGUUCGCGCCGUGGAGGCGAGGGCAGGAGAGAUCGACAAAGACGGACAUACACAGGCAAAGAGAAAGAGAGAGAGAGAGAGAGGACCGAGCACAGCACGGCGAGGAAAGAAUUCGCAAGAAGCGAGAGAAAGCGAGAAGGCGAAACACAAAAAAAACGUCGAAUCAUCCGCGAGUAGCACACGGCGCGCGCAGUGCACGCGUGUUUUCGUUUGUCGGACACUCACGUCCUCGAUGUAGAAGGAUCGCGCAACACCGUGAGUAAUACGCACGAAACACGUAACAUUCGCGAGGUAACGUCACGGCGUUAUCAAAGCGACGGCGGCGGCGGCGGCGGCGGCAGCAGCAGCAGCCAGCCAACCAGCCAACCAACCAACCAGCCGGUCGAACACAGGACGGGCGAGACGCGCAGUGAGAGCGUCGCGUGACGUCCGACGUGCUCGCGCGGCGCGACCGGCACGCACACGCCGCGAAAAGCGCGAACGAUAACGCGCCUGCCACCCUCACACGCCGCCGGGUGCUUUUAACGGGGCGUGGGUGCACAUCACACCGCACCGCACCGCACCACACCGUACUGCAUCGCGUCUCACCGCACCGCACCGCACCGCACCGCACUGUACCGCACCGGCGACGGUGCGGCGGGACGGCGGGUGGUGCGCGUAAUUCAAAAGGUGCGCGCGGCGGCGAGAACAUGACUCGCGACGCGGAGUGCGCGAAUUCGAGGCGACACUGUGUCGUGGGCGAAAGGACGAUAAUAUAAGCGCAACAAUAUAGUAGUGACGAGGAGUUUGCGAGGUAGCGCGAGGAAGGAGAUAUAGAUAGUUAAAUAAAUAGAUAGACAAAUAGAUAGAUAGAGGAGGGAGGGGGAGAGAGAGAGAGAGAGAGAGAGAGAGAGAGAGAGAGAGAGAGAGAGACAGUCUGAGAGAAGACGCGGGGGCGAAAGAAACUCCUUAAAAAAAAAGAAAGUUCCCAAAGCGAGAUAGCCACGGCCAGUGAUCCCGUGUGCGGCUCUCGCGUGUUGCGCGCGCGAGAGCGCGUCCGCGCCUCCCGGUGAGAGUGUGUACGAGAGAGUGUGUGAGAGAGCCAAGCAAGCGAGUGGACUCCGGCGAAGAGAAGAGAAGAGAGACUUUCGCGGCGACGGCCGACGAGGAGACGACGACGAGGAGCGAGCAGCGGCUUCCGGCCUGUCGGCGCGGAGGCGGCACACCAACCGAACAGUUCCAUCGAGAGAGGAUGCUCGUAACGUCAAUGACGGUCCUUAGGGUGAGGGCAACGAUGACGACAUCGCGAGGUCUCGACUGAGUCGAGUCCUCGGCUUCGUCGAGGAGGAGGCGGAGGAGAAGGCGGAGGAGGUGGACGAAGUAGACAAGCGAAGUCUUUUUCCGCGGGCGGAUUGCCGCGUCGUCGACGGCGACCGACUCGCUGCGUCGGUCCCGUCGCCGCGACGGUAGCAUCGACGAGAGAGCGAGAAAGAGAGCGUGCCGCCCGCUACGUUGGUGGCGCGAUCGUUAGCCAGGUGUUGCUCCUCGACGUCGGUGCUCGCGAGGUUCGCGACGAGCCGGUUUGCCGACGGCGAGUCUCGAGUCGGUUUGCCGUCGGUGAGCCGCGGCGCAAGAGAACGCGACAAGCCGACGGCACUUGUCGUCCCGCUGUCUGAGAGAGAGCUCGUGGGAGGUCCAUCAGAGAGUCUUUUGCAGCGACGAUCUCGAGGCGACCCGUGUACGCGCGACACACGAAAGAAAACACGCCGAUGGUCGUUCCCUGAGCGCGAUCGUCGCUCAAUAGCGCGCUUCGUGAUUGUCCACGCUCCCGACCGACGGCGAAGGACACACUUCAUCAGUGACUGCUCGCUGAGUUACUCGAGCAACGUCACGUUUCCGUGUGACCGUUUGCGAUUCACGGAUUUAUCGCACACUACGGAAACCCCGGUGAUAACAUCGUCUCCUCGAAGGAUCCUGCCACCGCCGCCGCCGCCGCCGUCGUCGUCGUCGUCGUCGUUGUCGUCGUCGUCGUCGUCGUCGUCGUCGUAUCGAUCCUCGGCCGUAACUAAACCGUGGAACGCGCGUAACGGAGACGCGCGAGGGGCUUUUGUCCUCGGAGGAUCGGUAUCCACGCUCGGCGGAUCACCCGGAGCCAGAGUCGUCGCCCUGCCCAAGGCCGUCCCUAUUAUCGGCGGCGGCGGCGGUGACGACGGGGGAGAGGACGAAGAACAAGAAGUACAACAACAAGCGCUAGCGCCAAAGUAGUGCCUCUCUCGCGGCCAGGACGGAGAUAGCUGGUGACGUCACGGUGACGCCGGCCGACUUCCGUAGGCGAGAACGCGACGCCAGCCGCCGAGAUGCAGGUAGCAACGCUGUUCAGGGAGAGCGCUACCCUGCUGGGUGCCUCCAGCUUGGACCCCCCGCAGACCCACCACCACCAGAGUAUGCACCAACCGCAGCAGCAGCAGCAGCAGCAGCAGCAGCAACAGCAGCAGCAGCAGCAACAUCAGCAGCAUCAGCAGAUGCAGCAGCAUGCCACCGAUAUGCACCUAGUCGGCCACCACAUGCAGCACCAUUACAAAAUGUAUCCGUCGCCGGUGCAGAACGGAGGACCAAACGGCACGACGAUGAGCUGCGCGAGUUCUCAAGGGGUGAUGGUGAAGCAGGAGGCGAGGGACGACGGUUACGAGACGAGUCCGGACCUCGAGAUGAGGAGCACCGGCGGUGACAGCAGUCAGCAGUAUCACACGCCGCUGACACCACACACGCCGCACACACCGCACACGCCGCACACGCCCCUCACGCCGAUAUCGGCGACAGCGCAUCAACCCCAGCAGCCGGGCUCGACCGCCUCCGCCCUCGGACAGGUCGCGAUAAAAUGCGAGACGCCGGUGGACCCGUACUCGUUCGUGGACGAGGAAAUGUCGAUGGGCGGCAUGAGGUCGGCAAGCAGUCCAGGCGGCAAUCCCGAGAACAUGACGUGUCCGGGCGGUGCCCAACCUGGGCUGGGUACACCCACGUCGACGCCGCCCGGGGCGCUGCCCGGGCCGCAACAUCAUCAGAUGAAUCUCGUGAUGAACGGCGCCGUCAAUCCCCAGCUGGCGCAUCAGCCGAAGAAGCGUGGCCGCAAAAAAAAGUCGGAGAUGAUACUCACCCCCGAGGAAGCGGAGCUCGCGGAGGCCAAGAAGCGCGCCAAGACGUACAAAGAGAGGAAGAAGCAUGACAGGUUCGACGGCAUGCCGGAAGAGGAAGUGAGCAAACGCGUUCUGCCGGAUCAUCUCACCAACAACCUUGACAUUAUUAUAAUCGGCAUCAACCCCGGACUGUUCGCGGCUUACAAGGGACACCACUAUGCUGGGCCUGGGAACCAUUUCUGGAAAUGUCUACACCUAAGUGGUCUCACGCCCGAGCCAUUGACAGCGGACGACGAUUACAAACUCCUGCGCCUCGGCAUCGGUUUUACAAAUAUGGUAGCACGCGCCACGAAAGGCAGCGCGGAUCUCACGAGAAAGGAAAUUAAAGAAGGUAGCCACAUCCUGCUCGAGAAAUUACGAAAGUAUAAGCCAAAAAUCGCCGUGUUCAACGGCAAACUUAUAUACGAGGUGUUCUCGGGGAAGAAGGAGUUUGGAUUCGGAAGACAGCCAAACCUCGUCGACGGUACAAAUACGUACAUGUGGGUGAUGCCUUCAAGUAGUGCGAGGUGUGCCCAAUUACCACGGGCUGCCGACAAGGUGCCGUACUAUGCGGCCCUGAAGAAGUUCCGUGACUAUCUAAACGGCACGAUCUCGCAUCUGGACGAGUCGGACAUCGUCUUCGCCGAUUCGAAGCUCAAGAAGAAGGAGCACGAGCCAAUCGAGGACAAGAAGCCGGUGUUCAACGACGACUUGGCCGACGGCGAGGGCCGCAUCACGGAGAUCAACGGCACGGGAAUUAAACAAGAGUCGGGUGUGCAGAUACCUGGCAAGAAGAAGCGAGGUAGACCGAAGAAGAUCAAGAAUCCCGAGGAUCAGCCGCCGCCAGAUCCCGAAAAGCUGGACGCGAACGGCGAAGUCAUCAAGAAACGUCGCGGCCGCCCGAAGAAGAUACACCAGCAACAGAAACAGUUAGAACGGGAGAGCCGGGAGAGAGAGCAGCAGCAACAGCAGCAGCAGCAUCAAACGAUGGGCCAUCUGAACGACGGCUACGGCAACGCCGUGUCGAACUGUUUCUCGCCGCCGUUGAUGUCACCGCCGAAGACGUUCCCGCACAUGGCACCGUAUCCGCAGCCGAUGAACGACUCUGGCUUUUUCGGCCAGAGUAUGCAAGACAGCAGCCCGUACAAUAUGAGCGCGAAGCAAAGCCCGGUGCAUCUUCAUCAGCAUUACAGCCAGAGUCCCAAGUCUAUGUCGUUGUCGUUCACGCAUUCGGAUCUGUCGUCGGAGAUCAACACCGCGAUCUCGUCGGAGAACAAUUUGGAGCCGUCGCCGCUCACGUCGCCUAGCGUGGAACAUCCGGACUUUGAGCCACCCACCAGCAUGUCGCAGCAGAACAUGGGCAACGACCAUCGCCAAUACAAUCCUGCCGGACCGGGACCCGACCCUACCGCCACCGGACAUCACGGCAGUCCUGGGACACCGUCCCACAACAGCUACGCUAAUUACAUGGGCUACCAUGAACAGACGCCAGAGGCUCACAAUCCGCAUCCCCAUCAGACGACACCGACGCCGCUUAGCCAGACCGCCGAAGAGCACUCCCAUCACUCUCACCCGACGCCGCCGCAUACACACCCGCACACGCCUACCCACGUAGCCUCUAUGUCGCCGCACCAUCAUCCGCACGAGCAGUACGGUAUCAAGAGGAACUCUGCUCAAGACGUGGCGUCCAAAAGCCUCAGCGACCUAGAGUCCCUCGUGGAUCAGAUCCCGAGCAUAGCCGACGGUGGUGGUAGCCAACGACUGCAGCACUCGCACUCGGGCAUGCCAGACGACAGUUUGGCGGAGAAGAUGGACGCCCACCAUCAGUCCUACAUGUCCGGUUUCGGUGGUAUGCAGACAGCUGGCGGAAUGACCAAUUACAGCCCACCGUUGGCUCCAGGUGGCGGUAUCUAUCCCGGCUCGCUGCAUCACUCACCCAGCGACGGCUACGGCAGCUUGUACGGCAUGAAUGGCCGUCAUCAUCAGGAGUCUCAGCAGCAACAACAGCAGCAGCAACAGCAGCAGCAUCAACAGCAGCAGCAGCAGCAGCAACAACAACAACAGCAGCAGCAGCAACAGCAUAGCAAGUCCUACACGGUGGAGAACCUAGCGUCUAGCAACUACACACCCAGCAUGAACCACGGCCAUCCCGGCAACUCGUACCCCAACAUCAUACCCGGGCCGCACUAUCCGGUGCCGAUGGGCUCCACCAACGGCUACCUGUUUAGCGGUCUCGAGUCCAGCUUGAUGCAGCGCACCUACGGGAUCGGCAGCAUGAGCGGCAUGGGCGGCAUGCAUCCGGCAUCCGCUCUCGGCCAUAUGACCAAUCCGUACCCGUACAACGGCUCGUACUCGAGUUCCUUCGACGCUUACCCGGCGCCACCAGCUGGCAUACACGCCCCGAGCGCCAAUUAUCCCGGCUACGUCGGCACGGCUGGCGCGGCGCCCAGCACCACCACUACGCCGCCGUCCUACCUCCCGUCGCACCACAGACCGCCGGUCGACCUCUCCUACGACGGUGUAUGAUAAUCGAUGUAAAGCGCGUUUCUCACCGCCCAACCAUACCACCGCCCCUUCGUCAUACCCCCUUGUCCCCCUAUUAAUCCCCGCCUGCCGAUCGCCUCCCGCGCGCGAGCGACACACGACACGCGCAGCCGCGUUUAUCUUUUCUACGUAUUUUUACACACGUCUAGGCUCGUACUCAACGUCGGGGGCACACUGUCGUCGCGCGUCGUCUCCUCGCCGUCGUCGUUCCCCCUUGAAAUCGCCCGCGAGCUACUCAAGCGCGAGCGUUGGCGAGAUGCUACUUCGCGAACGCGCUCUUUCGCUCUCUGUCUGUCUGUCUGUCCGUCUUUGUGGUACUCUGGCACCCUGGUAUAUCUUGUGCUACCAUUUCUUCUUCUCUCUCUCUCUCUCUCUCUCUCUCUCUUUUACUCUAUCUAAUUCAACGCGCAGAGUGUCUCAGGAUUGGCGUAAAACGGGACCACACAGAGUUGACUUGUAAAAUUUAGAUUUUAUUUUUCCUUUUACCGUGGAACAUCGACAACCAUUGCCAACAUUGUCAUUUGACUCCAAGUGAACAUUACAUGAACGGAAUUUGUGUCUCAGCUCUUCGGCAACGGCGCCGGAGAGGAGUCAACCUUAAAUUUUGCAAGAUGUAACGUUGCACGUCCAUUUGACGCCAAUCAUGAAACAGUCCACGUAACUAUCUUUCAUUGAAACGUCCCUCUUUCUCUCUGCUCCUGCAUCCUACUUCCACCUCAUCACUCCGCCUUCAUUUCUCUCUGUCUCAUUUUCCUUACUUUUUAUCUCGCUCUCGGUAUGCGAUUAUGCCGUGAGUAAUUACGGGCGCGCGGCUCGGGAACGGGAAACUGCUCGCGAAACGCGACCACAGCGCACGCAACGAAUGGAAAAGCCUUUUGCUAGAUUAGGUUCGCCGAUCGCGUUCUAUACCGAUCCGACCGUUAAACAACAUACCACGUACAUACAUACCACAUACGCGCGCACGCAAAGACCGAUAACCGUGACGAUAAACGGCGACCUUAACGCCUAAUCGCAGAUCGCGAUUGCGAAUUCGGCCGACGUAGCCGAGGCCAGCUGAGCGCGUAAUUGCGCUGUCCCUUAUAUCUCCCCCGUCGAUCGUACGACAUCGAUCAUCGCCGAUCACCCCGAGCACAUACUCGAGGCUUUACCUCCGAAACCGUGCUCCCGUAUUUUCGAAGGAUCGCAAGUUCGGAAUACGGGAAGCUGCGAGCUUGUCGCGCAGAGAGACAGGGAGAGAGAGAUCUGCCAUUGAUACGCCGCCCUCGAAAAACCGAUAAGAGAUAACGUCGCGGCGCACAACUUGGAGUGAAGCGCGCGAUGUCACGGAAAGUCAGCCAGGUCUUGAAAGAGGUGUAAUCUCGAGGGGUUCGAAUUUCGAUGACAUCGACGCGAAGUAAUACCCGCGUUUAAUGACGAUCGCAAAGCGCGCGAAGAUCGAUGCAAGCUGCGCGUCUCUCCGUAUCUACGCGCCGCAUCGAGAGAUUUACAUGGGUGCUCGAUAUAUCCACCAGGGAUACAUACUGCGACACCGUACGACUAGGAAUGACGGCACCGUUUACUUAUGCGUUUUGUAUACAGCACUGCGAUUUAUACUAUUGUUGGCUUGUUAUUGUUGUUAUUACUAUAUUGCGUGUUUGAUCUAUUGACGCGCGGCUUGAAGCGCAACUAUGUUUCCACGUCGUCGGAACAGUUUUUCGUGUCCUUCGACUUGAUUGAUUACUCGAUCAGUUUCACGUGUGAGAACGCACGUAGAUAGUUUUCUUCUUCUUUUUUUUUUUUUGUUGUAGAAAGAAACGGUAUUCGCAGGAUCUCUCGGCUACUCGAACUCUUAACACCAGAGUGAGACCGCUAAGUCUGUUUACUUCGACGAAAAUGUCGACCAGCAAUUCUUAUCUUUUGCGAGAACUUCAAAAAUGACAUUGCACGAUGAAGAAGUCGAUCGUUUACGAGAUCGACAUUGUCUCUCUUCGCAUCCUCCGACUUGCGCUGUCAUUGUCUCAAACCGCGGUUCUUGUGGUGUUGACUAUCACUCUUCGCACCAAUUGAAUCUUAAAAUCGCGGCAAGUGAAAUAUGAAAGAUCCCAGGAGAAUCAAACUUGUGCAGUCGAAUGUACAAUCUAUCAUGUCUAUCAUGUCUCCGUUAGUCCAUGUUUGCGAUCACAGCCACAGGCGACGACGAAUCAUUUUGCCAACUUGGAUAUAUUAGAGAUACGUAAUAAUAACCUUGAUAUUUGUCCGCGAAUACGCGAAACGCGCGUGGCAUGAGUUGACCGUGAGGUCCGUCCUUCGCGGGCGUCUUCGCGUACCCGCGGGGAAGAAAUGGAUCUCGCGAAAUUGUCCCGGUUUGAAUUUUCGGUAAUAGGUCGAGAACGCGAUCAAUCGUCUACAUUUUUCUCUCAAUGUGUGUGAAAGCAUUGCCGGUUACUUAUCUUUUUCAUUAACACGCGAAUCCGCAUCCGCUGCGUUGACCUCCAUCCGAGCGACCGGAUAUUUGCAUUCCUGCACGGAAGAAAAAGAUAUGGUGCACGUAACCAGAAAUAUUUAGUUGUGGGCAACAUAUCGUUGCAUCAGCUCAGUUAUCUCUGUGUGAUAGUAAUGUGUAUGGUUGAUAUGAGUCAGUCACUUUGGUGCAUCAACUACACCAAUAGUAGUUGCGUAUGAUCUCGUUGUGGCAACCAGAAAUCGGUCAGAGUGAUGUUUAUCAUGAAUACAUUCUGGUUGGAGCAACCAGACGUCGUCACUGUUACACGGCAAUUGCUCCGUGGGUGGUGGCGAUCACAUCAGUUGUUCCGUAUUUUACUAUUAAUCUGGUUGGCACAACCAGAUUUAUGUGUGAGCCAAUUGUGCUGUUUUUUUUUUCCGUGUGCGAACCAGAGAUACGCUGUUAUCUCGCCUGUUUGUGCUCGUUUAUCUCAUCGCCGUACCGCAGCGUGCUUAUUUGAAUGUUCCAAUCUUGACUUUCGUCGACGGUACUCUUUUGUCGAGCGAUUGUUUCAACAGAGGUCGUUCCCACGUCGUCAUUAGAAAAACAGGUUUCCCGGGUAAACCACCGCUUGGGUGAAAACUGCAAAUGUUGAUUUUUACCAGGCGGCUGUUCAACAAUAUUUACCUCCCCCGUUCUGUACACGAAAGUUUACGAGCAAUAAACGACGAAUCGCUGGGCCGAGUCAGAUUGUAUUAGCGCGUUGCGACGCAAAGCGGAAUCUAGGUAGGUUCUAGCGACUAGCAUGUGCCAUAACCGAGGACUCAGUUCGAACUUGCUAAGCGCAAAACGUAACUUUCGUACCAUAAGAAGACGUGAAGAUAACAGCAGGCAGUCGCACUUCCCGUGUGACCACCUCAACGACUUUUAAACGCGCGCUUGACUUUCGCGAGAAGGAUCGAUCCUUUAGGCAGUCGACUUUUGCUUUAAUCGUCUGGUGCAAUAAAAUUUUCGCGUGAUAGAUUUCUGAUCGGUAGCCGACGAAAAUAAACUCGCCGCUCGAUUAUUGCCGCAACUGCGGUUGCAUGCGUCGAAGCUCUUCCGAUUCAGUCCCGCCGCUUCUCGCAACCUGACGAUCGUCCGACUCGGCCCCCCGAUCGCGACAAACGGCUGAGAGCAUCGAACGCACUUUGUCGGAAGGCAACUCCACCGUCUCGGCAGACCUUAAUGUAAAGAGAAAAUAUAUCAUCGAGCUGCGAACUGCGAGCCACGCCCCGUUUGCGCUCACCACUUAUGUGAGUUUCGUGGGCUUUUUUAACAGAGUAAAUAUUAAUCGUUAUUGUCAUCGUAUCGUUAAGAUUACUGCACAUAGUAAGACGAGGCCCAAGGCCCGAUUGCGCCGGUGUUUCUUUAAUUGUAGAACAGCCGCUUGUAUCAGUGUCGGUUGAGCUUGACCGCGGUUCAAUUCUUAUCCGGACGAAUUAUUUCCCGACCACGUUAUUCUUUGGUUUGUUCCCUUUAUAAGUCACACACAAAGCUGUCUUACUUACAUGAAUACGUAGAGUACGGAAUGUGCGUGGGCAACUUUUGUUGGCAAAAUUGUCGCACCAAGUAUCGCUCUCAUUUAAAUAUAUUUUCAAGUACUGAAAGUUUCUCUUGGAUAUAUUUAUAUGAGGUGUUCAACGCUUGUCUCGGAUAAGGUGUAGCUUCUUCAUCCUCGUCUAGAGCCGAAACCAGAAGGGGACGCAGAGAAUUUCGAAUUGAACCGAAGCUGACAUUGACCGACGUUGGUGGAAGCGGCCAUUUUAACGCGUGCGGAAUAGUGAUCCGCUGACGGUCGACCGAAUUAUAACAUUUGAAUCUAGAAGUCUAAGCGAGAACACCCGCGCAACCGGAUACCGAGCUCACUUAAAUGUAAGACGUAAGUCCUAACGAGAGGCAGAAGGAAGAGACUAUUCGUACGUUUGUUUAUCACGCCCGUCACACUUUCGUACCUCGCGCCCGCAACAGCCAUUGCCGUUCUCGUUGCAACUCUGAUUAUUAUUUAUCGUUAGAACUCGAUAUCGCUGUGGAGUUACAUAUGUUACUGUCGUUAACAUAGUCGCGUUACGUUGUCUCGUUAAUUAUAUUCUGUUAUGCGUUUCGCAUUGUCGAAAGUCACUAUAUAUUAAAUACAUGAUUAUAACACUUACAUGGAAAUACAUACAUACACACACACACACACACAUACACACACACAAUUACACGCAGUCGUAUAGGUAUUAAUAGCUGGCAUUAUUAAAUCGACAUCCUCCUUUGUCGCUGACCGACGCUGUAAAGUGACGCAUCUGGCAUGAUUAUAUAAAUAUAUAUAUAUAUAUACAGAUAUAAAUAUAUAAAUAUAUAAAUAUAAAUAUAUAUAUAGAUAUAUUAUAAAUAAACUAUAAAUAUUA